AUGUUGUGCUUGCUAGUAUAUACUAUCUAUGCAUCUCAAUGUCUAUCUGGAACAAUUCUUAAUAUUCCGUCAGGAACAACGUCAAUUGCCGAUUCACAAUAUCAAAAAUGUACCACAAUAAGUACUCUUACCAUGCCAGAUUCUGUAACAUCAAUAGGAUCAUCUGCAUUUGAUUCUUGUACUUCUCUCAAAGUAGUCACUCUUUCAAGGAAUUUAAUCUCAAUGGGAAAAAAUGCAUUUCAUAAAACAGCUAUUCAAGAAAUUGUGAUUCCGGAUGGAGUUUCUGUACUUAAAGAAAACCUUUUUUAUGAAUGCAAGAAUCUAAAAAAGGUCACAUUUCCAAAAAAUAUAAAGUCAGUUAUGAAUAGUUGUUUCGCUAUGACAGUUAUUGAAGAAUUUGUUUUUCCAGAUGGUCUUCAAUUCAUUGAUAUGGGAAUAUCUUGGGGAAAUCUAAAACUCAGACGCGUCAUUAUUCCAGAUUCUUGCACUACAAUAUCGUAUUCUGCAUUUGGCGGAUGUUCUGGACUUCAAGAAGUUACUCUUCCUAAAGGUAUUAAAAUGUUAAAUGGAUCAGUUUUCGCACAAACUGGAUUAGUUAACUUCAUUAUUCCAGAUUCAGUUGAAAUAAUUGGAGAAACAUGCUUCUGGCAAACUAAAAUUCAAACAAUAUCAAUUCCACCAAAGGUAAUUCGGAUAGAUAGGAGUGCAUUUUAUCAAUGCAUAUAUUUGAAAUCCAUAGUUUUUGAAGGCAAUAGUUUGAAAAUUAUUGGCCCAACUGUAUUUGAGAAAUGCACAAGCUUAACAAAUCUCACUUUUCCAAGUUCAUUAGUUAAUAUCUCAGUAGAUGCAUGCAAGGAAUGCCAAAACUUAAAAACAGUUAUAGUCCAAUGUGAUUUAAGUGCAUUUCUAUAUAUAGGAUACUCGUCGUCUUUUUAUAAAUGUGAUAAAUUGGACACUUUGGUUUAUGAAUCAAAUAUACCGAUACCAAGAAUAAAUAAUUUCCCAUUACAUCUGAUCCGUACACUUAUUAUCAACAAUAGUAAUCUUGAAUCCAUCGGAGAUAUUACUGUUGGACGUAAAUUAUCUACUAUUGCUUUUGUUGAUCCAUCAACAAAGUUUACAUUUUCUUCAAAACUUUAUAAUGACAUAACCCUAAAUAUAUCAAUAUCCAGUUCAAUCAAUGGUUUCUCAGAGAAUGUUUUCGAAAAUGUAUCAAUUGACACAUUUAUAUAUUGCGGCAAAUCAAUUUCUGAUAAUUCUUUCCUUAAAAACUCUAAAGGAUUCAAAAAAGUAAUUACAUCAAGUUCAUUUAGAGGUGAGACGAUAGGCGGUGUCAAGAUCAACGAAAAAACAGAUCAAUGCACUCAGCUGAUUCCAUUCGAAGUUAAAUAUCAAGAAGAAUCUGGAAGUGAAGAACCAGAAAAAACCAAUGAACCAGAGAAAUCAUCACCUGCAACUGCUAGCAGUAAUAAUAACAACCAAGACAACAGUGGCAGCAGCAAUGAAGAAAACAAUUCGAGUAAAGAUGGCAAAGGGAAAGGUAAAGGCGGAAAAAUUGCCGGUGGUAUAAUUGGAGCUAUUCUUAUUCUUGCAGCCAUUGCAGUUAUUGCCUUCUUCAUUUACAAAUAUAAAAUACACAAAUCUGAAAACGAUUCAGAAGAACAACCCGUUGAAUUAUCAUUAGUUUAA